AAGCAGACAACACUUUUUCACCAUGAUUCAAACGUAAUGGCGAGUCGUGAAGAGGAGCGUCGUCAAUUGCUUUUUUUUUGUGAAAUUCCUUUUAUUUCCAUCGAUCUUGACACAGGCCUUCUAGAAUAUUGGCUAUUUGAUGAUCUCACUGGACGGUUUUUUAAUUCAUCGACGGCAGAAUUUUUUCAGUGUAACAUCACAUGGGAGACUCUGAUUGAUAACACCCAUCAACGAGAAGAUUAACUACAAAAUGCCACGUAAAUAUGUGAGAGUCAAAACUAAUGUUUUGCCAACAGAUGAGGCUUUGAAGAAUGCAAUAGUAGCUGUCCACUCAAAAGUACUAAGCAUCAGACGCGCUGCUGAGAGAUUUAAUCUUUCCAAAUCAACAGUUGGAUUUUAUUGUAAAAGACAUACUUUGGAAUCCAUCGCCUUGGAUCCAAAAACAACAAUUAAGACAAAACAUCACUCCCUAAUAUUUUCAAGGACACAAGAAGACGAAUUAGUCGAUUAUCUUCAACAUUGCUGUCUGCUCAAUCAUGGUCUCACAACCAAUGAAACAAGGAAGCUUGCUCUUCAAUACGCCGUAGCUAAUAAAGUAAAAACACCUACAAGUUGGAUAACCCGUCAAGAAGCGUCAAGGGAUUGGUUUACGGCUUUCCUCAAAAGAAACCAUGUUCUAUUAAUCAGAAAACCAGAGGCAACUAGCCAGGCGAGGGCUGCUGGGUUUAACAAGGUUGUUGUAUCACACUUUUACGACAAUUUACGUGAUAUUUACGAAAAGUUCAAAAUACCCCAAUGUGACGUAUGGAAUGGUGAUGAAACGAACGUUCCUACUGUUAUGCAGCCUCCAGAUGUCAUAGCCACAAAAGGUUUAAAGCAGGUUUCUCAAACGGUAUCCGCUGAACGUGGAGUGAAUGUCACGAUGUUGGUCUUCGUUAACGCUAUUGCUUCAAGUACGCCACCAGUCUUUGUAUUCCCAAGGAAAAAGCAGAAUCCUGAUCUCAUUAAAGGAGGACCUACUGGGUGUCUUGGACUCGUGCACGAGUCUGGCUGGAUGACUGAACCAGUGUUGUUGACACUAGACAACCAUUCCAGUCAUAUUGACUAUAAUGUAGUGAAAUUUGCAAAGGACAACGGUAUUAUUUUGUUGACGUUCCCACCGCAUUGUUCACAUGCACUCCAACCCUUAGACGUAUCUGUCUUUGGUCCAUUUAUGAGCGCCCUUAAGAAAUCUCACAAUCAGUGGCUACAAGACCAUCCAGGACAAAGAAUAAGCAUAAAAGAAGUUGCUCAUCUUUGUAGAGUGCCUUAUAUGGAGAAAGUUAUACCUGGUAAUAUAACACCAGGAUUUCAAAAAACAGGAAUUUAUCCAUUCAACAGAGAUGUUAUUCCGGACACACGCUAUGCCCCAGCAAGUGUAACCGACCAGCCAGAAAUUGAACAACAUGCUACUUCCGACAAUGUAACUGAACCCAGGAUGACGCAAGAUGUUAUUUCACACCCGGAUGGUGUAUUCGAAUUAGAAGAGACAAGAGAAGAAGUGCAAAUUAGUGGAGAUCCUGCAAUUCCGACGACUACUCUCACUGAUAUCAGACCACUUCCAAAGCUGAACACCAUCAAAGACAAUCGGAGAAAAUCGAAAAAAGUAGAAGUCGAUUACAACCAGCAAGUGAAAAAAUAA